AUGACGGACUCCGAACCCCGGAAACGAGCGGUCGACUCUCCCAAAGUCUGGACGACUCUGAUUACAAAUCUGAGUUAUUUGCCUGGCCUUCUCACUCUAGACCACUCACUUCGUGUGGCAAAAUCUCAAUACCCUCUUGUUGCUCUUUACACGGAUACGUUUCCUCCUGAAGGCCAUGCUGCCUUGCGAGCUCGCGGUAUUCCCACCCAGCACAUCCCCUACCUACUCCCGACAAAGGGCAAGGACUACUCCAACGACCCACGCUUUUACGACUGCUGGAGUAAGCUUACGCCGUUCUCCCUGACCGAGUAUGACUGCGUUGUUCAGCUCGACUCGGAUAUGCUUGUUCUGCGCAACAUGGACGAGCUGAUGGACCUCGAGCUGGACGCCCCUUCAAUUGCUGAAACGGGGGACAAGACCAUCAGCAAGCGUGUCUUUGCAGCAGGGCAUGCAUGUGUCUGCAACCCCCUCAAGAAGCCUCAUUACCCCAAGGACUGGGUUAAGGAGAAUUGUGCCUUCACAUCACAACACUCAACACCGGAUGUCGCCCAGACCGAAGCUGCAGACCCAUCAGUCGGACCACUGGGCUUCAUGAACGGUGGCCUGCAAGUCGUUAAUCCAUCUCAGGGGCUAUAUGCGCAAAUAGUAGCACACAUGGAGGCCGACGCAGUCAACAUGGAUUUCGCAGAUCAGUCGCUUCUCUCAGAUCUGUACCGCGAGCGCUGGGUACCGCUGCCGUAUAUCUACAAUGCGCUCAAGACGAUGCGAUGGGAAGGUGUACAUGAUGCUAUCUGGAGAGAUGAGAGCGUCAAGAACAUCCACUACAUUUUGAGCCCCAAGCCAUGGGAUGAGAUUAAUGACAAGGGCGAGUGGACGGGCAAGGAUGAGAGUCACAAGUGGUGGGUUGAUGUGAACCGCGCGAGAAAAGAGGCGGAAAAGGAGAAGGGUAUUCCUGAUGAUGGUUUCUAA